AUGGGUGGGUGCUUAGAUCGAGAAAGAGAUAAACGAAGAAUAUUAGAAUAACUAUCAUAUUCUUAAAGGCCUAUUCUAAAGCAAUCAAAUGAAUUUAAUUAUCAGAGGCAAAUUUAAUCAUAAUCAACAAAGAGUUAGCACGUUGAAGUUUAAUAACCAAGAUAUAGUUUGUUGAAACAUUCACAAAUUUCUAGUAAAUAGGGAAAUCAAUCAAUAAGAAGUGACAACCAAUCCUACUAACAUAUCAAUUAGAACAAUUAAUUUAUAUUAUUAUAGAGAGGAGAACUUAAAUAAUUUUUAAAAACAAACCAUAUGGGAAUAGAUCAGAUCAUAACUAACCCCUUGAAUCCAAAUUAAUUGAUAAUAUGCUUUGAAUAGAAUGACAUCACAGAUACACUAAUAAGUGAAUAGGUAAUCAGUAACAGUAAUUUUCACAAAUUGUAUAUGGAUAUUAAAGAUUUUAUUGGAUAGCCUGAUAAAAAAAUUGUUGGGAUUAUUCUUGAGAACAGAAACUAAAUUUUAAUUUUAUAUAAGAAAUUGAAUCCAAGACAAGCGAUGAAUAACACUAUUGAGAUUCAGUGUACUUAUUUUCUCUAAAUUUUAGUGGUUGAUAGUGUGAAUUAAGACUAAUUAGAAGAAAUAAUUAAUGAGAGAAUGUAGGAUAAUCUUAUCUGCUGUACUAUUUUAUAAUUUCCUGAUUGUGCGUUGUUAUUUUUUUAAACGUGUAGAAGAUAAAUUCAAGCUCUAAAUGUUAUAUCUUUAGAAAUGCAGUAACUAAAUUCAAUAAACCUCUCUUAAGAAAUUGCAGGAAAAGUUGAAAUAUUGUAAAGCAAUGAUGAAUUUGAUUUCAUUAGUCUGUUGCCUGAUGUUAAAAAUAAAUCUCUCUAUAUUUUAAUGUCGAUUAAAUAAAUUUGAUUUUUUAUAGACUAGAAGCAAUUAUAAAUUAACUACAAUAUUUUAUAA